AUGAGCGAAGAGAGAUUUGGAUCAGUUUCUGAAAGAAUCAUCAGAAGAAAUAAUUCUGUUCAGGCUAAGCGAAAUGUUUAUUUGGCGACAGAUGAUCCUAAUGUUUUCACUCAACUACCCUACAGUUAUCCAAACUACACUGUCUAUGGUAGUCCAUUGAGGUCCCAGUCAGCUAAUUUGAAUAUGCGGAUGUCAGUUGGUUCAAUGAAUAAUGUAAUUGUUGACGUUAUUGCACUUUCAAUGACUGAUUUCCUAGUGUGUACAUUUUCAUCGAAUGUUUGUCGUUUAGCCUAUGAGUUAAUGCAAACACGUCAUGAUGACUUGGGUGAUGCUACACAAUUGUUUCAUUCAAUCGAUAUUUCAUUCCAUCAAGAAGAUUACCGCAAAAUGAAAUUUGAUGUGAUCAUUCCAGAUAUGAAUGGGCAUUUAAAGUAUGGUGAUGUAGUGGAGAUAAUCAAAACGUACUGGAACGGUUCAGUGUCAGUAAGAAUGAGGCCGUCAAACACAACUAUGCAUAAUAAAAAUCAAGAGGGUAUGAAAAACGAGUUAUUCAUUGCACCUGCCUACAAGUUGAGACCAAAAAUAAACAUGACUGGUUUCAACUGA